CAGCACUGAAAAAGAAACCGGAUAUGUAUGGGGAGCGCAUAAUAAAAGAAAAGGCUGAGAAACAUUAUGAAGCAGGUGUUGGUGACAUGUCCCAGUCUCACUUUGACAAGGCUGUGUCCUGUUUCUCAAAGGCCAUACUACUCCAGUCACACCAGACUGAGUUUUAUGUGCAGCGAGCAGAAGCAUAUCUUCAGCUGUGUGACUUCCAGUCUGCGGCACUAGAUUACAAACACGCCUGCAGUCUGGAACCCCAAACUGAGGCCUACCCUCAACGACUUGCCUUCGUCUACUACCUGCAGGGCCAGUGUUGUUUUGAUUUAGGGAAGUUUCUGGAGGCUCUGGAGUCUUUCACAAAAGCUGCAGAACUCAAACCCUCCUUCCGGCCGUAUCACAUGAGAAGUUUGGCUUGUCUGACCGCUCUGGGCCGUUACUCUGACUGUCUUCAGUUGGUCAAUAAUUGGCUGAAGAUGGACGGCCAGUCAGCAGACCUCUUCACUCUGAGAGCUCGCCUUCACCACCAGCUCAGUCAGAUGACUUUAUGCUAUCAUGACUUGAGGUCAGCACUCAGAUUGAAACCAUGCUGUCCAGAGGCACAGGCACUGUUGAAGAGGAUGAAGGAUGCAGCGAAGGAUUCCCACCAGGCAGCUGUUAAUAAGGCUUUGAAGGGAGAGCUUUCAGAUGCACUGGGGAAAAUAAACACUGCUCUGGAGUAUAACCCCAAUAAAGCACAGUACUUCCUCUUUAGGGGGAUUCUGUAUCGGCGCCUGAAAGACUUCACUGCUGCUAUCGAGGACUUGGUCCUUUCUGUUGAGUUCGGUGGAGGUGGAGAAGAUCCUCCUCAUGAAGACAUGCAGGACAACUCUUUAGAUUUAGAGGAAGAUGCUCAGACCCAGCUGGUGCUCACGUACAACGAUUUUGCCAUUCAGUGCUUCUCCCGGGGUCUGUACGGCGAAGGCAUCAUGCUGCUGAACAAGGCCAUAGAGAAAGACAGAAACGCAAGUGAGCUGUUCAUCAACAGAGGAGAUUGUUUUUUUAAGCAGUGUGAGUGGACUUUUGCUCUGGCUGACUAUGAGCAAGCAGAGGAGAUGGACCCUGACAACACGGCUAUCUGGCUACGACUAGCUAUUAUUCACAAUACACUGGGUCUGCAUUGCUAUAAAGACAAGAAAUACCAGGAAGCAGCAGACAAGUUUUCUGUUGCAAUAAGGUACAACCCUGGAGUAGGUCAGUAUUAUGAGAAUCGAACCAAAGCUUACAGCAAAGUGGCCAAAAUGGAAGCGGCCAAGAUGGAUGCCAUCAGAGUCCUUAUCUUAGAGCCAACCAAUGAUCAGGUGGUGCCUUUGCUGUUGAGUCUGCUCCCAGGAUGCUCCUUGACUGAUAUUAUGUCCUGUGCCACUGCACAGUCAGUCAAAACCCAGCUGAUGGCAAAGAUUCAGGCUUUCAAACAAGCAGGAUCCAAGGUGUCAAGCACUGGCAGGAUGGCCCUUGUCAAGGAGGAGAGUCAGUCACAAACAUCCUCACAGAAGUUACAGGCUGAAGAUGGUUCAGAGCAGUUGAUGAAGCCAUGCAUCACUUCAGGAGAGGUGCAGUGUAAGCUAGUCAAGAGAAAACAACAGUUAAAUCAAGCUGUGAAAAGAGCCCUGCAGCAGAGGCCGCCCCUGCGCUAUGAUGGGCCCCGUCUGGCCCCUGUCCCCCCCGCACAUGAAGAGCCUGGCGCUCAGGAACGGCCAUAUGUAUGGAGGACAUUUGGGGGCUUUGGGCUCAAUUGUUAAAGGCUCACUGGAAUGAAUCAGUCUCAGUUAUCCUGGUGACCUGGGUUAUCUGUGACUCCCCCUUAAUACUUUGGGUUUUAUUCUUAAAGGGACAUUUCACUAAAACAUGAGAAUUAUGUCAUAAUUUAGUCAUUUUUGUGAAAAAACUUUUUUUGUGUGUGUGUGUUCCUACAGUUUUGGAACGACAAGAAUAUAUGAAUUAUAUAUGAUAUGUCCUUGAAGGUUAGAGAUUUGGCAUUGUAUUUGAUUGAGUCAAUUCCUUGCUAUAGUGGAGUGGGAGUUGUUUUGUCCAUAGCAGCUGUUGCUGCUCAGAGGUCCUCUGCAGUCGGGGAAACAUCUGAGAAAGUGAAGUGAGAAAAGACAGCUAGAGAGAGAAUAGUUUAAAAACACCACUGGCAGCUGAUCCCAGGCUUUUAUCACAGACAUUUACACUCCCUUGCUAAUAGUCAAACACAUGUGUUCAGCCCCUAGAGGAGACAGCCUGAGAUUUUUUUGGCAUUGUAACAAUGGAACAAUCAGACGUCAUUUUCUCACAUUUAUUGUCCUUGUGCAAAAACAAAACACAUGAAUUAAAGACUUUAAUUUCUGUAACCGACCGUUUAAUGCGGUCUACAGUUAUGUAGACUGUGAAGAGGGCAUUUGCUCAGCUGUGUGGUAACUUAUAAUCUUCACUUGAUUUACAACUUUUCUUUGUAGACAAUUGAAUUAUUAUCAUCACAUUAGACCUUAAUCAUUUUAGAUG